AAAAGAAGAUGGGUGAUCUUCACUCCAUUCCUUACACUAACACUUUUGCUUCAUCUUCUUCCCUAGAUUCUGUUUGGGAUUUUCAAAUGAACAACAUUGGAAUUUCAAACAACAAUUCAUAUAUGGAAAACACACCACCACCAUCUUUGACCUCAAAUUUCGAAGAUGAUGGUCAUGAUCAAUUUUCAACUGGCUAUCUUCAAGAUGCUCUCAGUUUCGAAUUAGAUCGAUCGAAACGGAGGCGACUACUUCUCUUUGCCGGAGAUCAAACUUUCAGUUCUCAGAUCUGCAUGAACUCAAUUCCGGGUUAUUGGGACUCAAGUGACAGCAGUACUACUGAGAACUCCGGUGAAGAUUUGUGUUGUCUGGCUCAGAUCACAAGCCAAACUAGUAUUAAUUCAGGUAGUGGUGUGGGCUUUGAUGAUGAUAUUGGGGUCGCAUUUCAAGAGUUAUCCUCCAAGCCUGAUUCUUUCCAAAAUAACUUAUUACUCGGGUGUUUUAGUGACACAAACAAUUCUAAGAAGACAACCGCAUUAUCCAAUUCCUCUUCACUACAAGGUCCACCUACUUUAACAUCUUCUCAUAAUCUUUCUCUCGAUUUAGGAGAAGUAAAAUUUGAUGAACGGGCGGAAAAGUUACUAGGGAAGAGAUCGCCGAAAAAGAUAACAAGGGUGGUUUACCCUUUUGCAAUGGUAAAGCCACCGGGUGGAGGUGCCGAAGGAGCCUUCACCUUGAACGAUAUUAACGAGAGGAUCCUAAUGCCCCCAACCAGGCCACUCCGCCACCCGGUGGGAGACUAUGCUUGUCGCCCUAUUCUAUCUCCUCAAGGUCCCGGUUUGUCUGGAAAAGCUGUGGUGGCCUUCACUAGAAUUCACACACAAGGGAGGGGAACAAUCACUAUUAUUAGAACAAAGGGCUAGCUAUGUUAAUUUAAGAGGUAUAUAUACAUGUUUGUUGAAGUUGAUGAUUAAAGGAGAUGGAUUAAUCUUGUGUGUUCUCUUUAAUUGUAUAGACUAUAUAUAGAAAAAUUCAAAUAUCUAUUUUGAAUAUGGUUUAUACAAUGUUUUUCCUUU